ACGACGGUGUCCACUUUCCCUUUCGCCUCUUCGUAUCCUUCCCAACUCUCAUCGCUCAACCUCUUGUCCUUCCGUUCUCCUGGUACUUACUUACUUCAAUAUCUUUCUGACGAAAGGUAGCAGGUAUCUAUACGCGACCAUCUGACUCGUCAUCAUGCUGGUCCAACGUCUUCUUAGCGCGGCUCUCUUUGCUUCUUCGGCGUUUGCCAUUUCCAAGGUCUCUCGUGCAGGCCGUUACCUCUACACAGACGAUGGAAACCGUUUCUACAUCAAAGGUGUCGCAUACCAGGAGCAAGGUGUCGUUAAUACCGACCCAAAUGCACCUUUCUCUGAGCCUAGCACUUUCAUUGACCCGUUGUCGGAUGGCUCUGCCUGCUCUCGUGACCUUCCGUUCUUGCAACAGCUGGGUGUCAACACGAUUCGUGUGUACAGCGUCAACUCUUCACUCAACCAUGACGCUUGUAUGAGUGCGUUGAGUGGCGCUGGCAUUUACACCAUCAUCGACCUGUCUCUUCCUCUGAAUGGCUCCAUUGACCGCUCUUCGCCCGCCUGGACAACAAACUUGCUUGACUUAUACAUAGGCACCAUCGAUGCUUUCGCAAAAUAUGACAAUGUUUUGGCAUACAAUGUUGGCAACGAGGUCAUCACGUCUGCCAACGAGACGGCAACGGCGCCGUUCAUAAAAGCUGCUGCGCGUGACAUCAAGGCAUACCUAAAAUCUAAAAAUCUAAACAUACUCGUGGGAUACGCAGCAAUCGAUGCUGACCGUUCUUGGUUGGAUCCUCUCGCGAACUUCUUCUCCUGUGACUCCGACGCGGAUUCAUUAGAUAUUUUCGGAUUGAACAACUAUGAGUGGUGCGGUAACGACAACUUCGAGUCGGCAUACGCCGACGUUGAGGGUCACUUCGCCGGUUACAAUAUCCCAGCGUAUUUCAGCGAAUACGGAUGCAUCACGUCGCCACCUCGUCUAUGGACAGAAGUCCAGGCCCUCUUUUCGACUCAGAUGUCUCCAGUCUGGUCCGGGGGAAUCGCUUUCUCGUAUUUCCCGGCUCAGUCCGACCAAGGACAAUUUGGUAUGGUCACUAUAAGCGGCAAUACUGUGACACCGAACGACGAUUUCACUCGACUUGCCCAGCAGUACGGAAAUGCGACGGGCCCGAAUACUCCAACGCAGAGCGGAGCUGGUUCAACACAGUUCCCAGCGUGUCCAGCGCAAAACUCUUCAUUCUUCGCUUCGACAACUCUACCGCCAACACCCAAUGACACUGCUUGCGCAUGUGUUGUCAACUCGUUGAGUUGUCAAUUCACGCCCCAAACGACCAACACCACUGUUCUGGUUGGUGACUUGUUGAACACUGCUUGCGGUCUCCUCGGUCAGAAUGGGGGUACCUGCAAUGAUAUCGCUGGAAGUGGUUCAUCUGGUUCCUAUGGCCGUAUGGCAUUCUGUGAUCCUGCAUCCAAGCUGUCGUUUGUCAUGACACAGUUCUACGAGGCAACGAGCAGGAACGCUGCUUCUUGUGACUUUGCUGGAAAUGCAACUGUCAACAGCAGGGCGCCUAGCAAUACUAAUGACGAGAACAAUGCUGUCAGCUCUUGCCUUGCCAAUACGGAUGUAACCUUCACGCCUACAGCUCCUGCUGGUGGCUCGUCAGGCGGUGGCGGGUCUGGAGGGUCGGGUUCGUCGACCACUUCUCCAAGCAGUGCCUUGGGCCACACUACAUUCUUGGCGGACUUGAAAACCGGGACACUGGGAACAGGCCUGCUACUUUCCGUUAUGGUAGCAACGGGCUUCUGGACCCUUGCAUGACCGCCCUGACGCAGUAUGAACGGAUGACGAAACCCGAUGUGACUCUACAAAUUUCCUGCAAUUGGCUUCUGACAGACCCUUUUUCUUUUUGCACACUAUCUAUACCUGACAUUCUAUUCUGAGCUUUCGGACAGUACCAUCGUAGGUUGACUAGUAAUAUGAACGUCCACGUCCAUUCUUUUUGAUUUUGAAUUUGUUUCUGGUACUGUUGUUGGUAAUUUUGAAAUGUACGGACGCUCCC